UUCUUUAUCGCAGAUAACAUGGCAAGCCCAGAAAAAGAUAAUUACAGAAUGAAAAGUUAUAAAAACAAUGCUCUCAAUCCCCAAGAAAUGCGAAGACGAAGAGAAGAGGAAGGCAUUCAACUUCGAAAACAAAAAAGGGAAGAACAAUUAUUUAAACGUAGAAAUGUUUCUCUGCUGGCCAGUGAAGAGUCAAUGCAGGAGAGUCCAAUCCAGGAUCCUGAUGUGAGCUCUACCGUUCCAAUUCUAGAGGAAGAUGUGAUUACAUGUGACAUGGUGCAGAUGGUUUUCUCAGAUGAUCCUAGUCAACAACUUGCAGCAACCCAGAAGUUCAGAAAGUUACUUUCUAAAGAACCUAAUCCUCCAAUUGAUGAAGUUAUUCAAAAACCAGGAGUUGUGGAGAGAUUUGUCAAGUUUCUAGAAAAAAAUGAUAAUUGCACUCUUCAAUUUGAAGCAGCAUGGGCUCUUACAAAUAUAGCAUCUGGAACUUUCUUGCAUACCAAAGUAGUAAUUGAAACUGGAGCAGUCCCAAUUUUUAUUAAACUAUUAAAUUCUGAACAUGAAGAUGUCCAGGAGCAGGCAGUGUGGGCCCUUGGUAAUAUUGCUGGAGAUAAUGCAGAAUGUAGAGAUUAUGUAUUAAGCUGUGGAAUACUUCCUCCACUCUUACAACUCCUAACACAUUCUAACAGGCUUACAACUACCAGAAAUGCAGUCUGGGCACUUUCAAACCUCUGUAGAGGCAAAAACCCACCUCCAGAUUUUAGCAAGGUUCGUCCUUGCUUAGGUGUUCUAUCAAGACUGUUGUUUAGCAGUGACUCGGAUGUAUUAGCAGAUGCUUGCUGGGCCCUCUCUUACCUUUCCGAUGGACCGAAUGAUAAAAUACAAGCGGUUAUCGAUUCUGGGGUUUGCAGAAGAUUAGUAGAACUUCUGAUGCACAAUGACUACAAGGUUGUGUCGCCUGCAUUAAGAGCAGUGGGAAAUAUUGUGACUGGUGAUGACAUUCAAACACAGGUAAUUCUAAAUUGCUCUGCAUUACCCUGUCUCUUACAUUUGCUGAGUAGUCCCAAGGAAUCUAUUCGAAAAGAAGCAUGCUGGACAGUAUCUAACAUCACUGCAGGAAACAGAGCACAAAUUCAGGCUGUUAUAGAUGCGAAUAUAUUUCCAGUAUUGAUUGAAAUUCUUCAGAAAGCUGAAUUUCGUACUAUAAAGGAAGCAGCAUGGGCCAUCACUAAUGCAACAUCAGGAGGGGCUCCUGAACAAAUUAGUUACUUAGUGGCAUUAGGUUGUACCAAACCUCUAUGUGAUCUUCUGACUGUGAUGGACUCUAAAAUAGUCCAGGUAGCCUUGAAUGGACUUGAAAACAUAUUGCGACAUGGAGAACAAGAAUCAAAGCAAAAUGGAAUUGGAGUGAAUCCUUACUGUGCCCGUAUAGAGGAAGCAUAUGGACUGGAUAAAAUUGAAAUCCUUCAAAGUCACGAAAACCAAGAAAUCUACCAAAAAGCUUUUGAUCUCAUUGAACAUUAUUUUGGCGUGGAAGAGGAAGAUGCAAACAUUGUGCCCCAAGUGGAUGAAAACGAGCAGCAAUUUGUGUUCCAGCAACAGGAAGCCCCCAUGGAGGGGUUCCAGCUGUAACCCUUUGCUCGAAGGACAGGAGCACUUUUGUGGUGGCCUUCAUUUGCUGCCCUGAUGGGGAAUGUUUUGCGGAAAGAAGAUAAAGGAGCAACUUAUGGACUCAACAUGUGCUUAUUUUUUUUUCUAUUGUGUGUUGCCAUUGUCUCGUUUCUAGAAAUACCAACUAUUCACAAGGUACAAAAUAAUGUUACCUAGCUUGAAUUCUCACCUUAAAGCAGACAGCAGAUUCUGAGUUUUCAAGCAGUUGUUAAAAUUGCACCAUUAUCCAUAAACCGCUGUGAUAUUUUGGAUUUUGGCGGUGUGGUUUAUAUAUGCCCAAGCUACACUAAAAUCUACCUCUAUUCCUUGGAGCCAAAAAGAUGUUUCAGAACUAUAGACAGGAGCUCCUAGUAAAUGUUAAAUUUAGAAUGUGAAAAUUAUUUAUUUAAAUAGUGAAAAUAUAGUUUUAUUGUGAUACUUUGAGACAAACUGGGGAAAUAUAUUUAAAAGCAACACUUCUAGGAGCACGUUGCUGGUUACAUACCAUAACAAUAAGUGUUAUGUCAAAAAUACAGUAUUUCUGCUGUUUAAAAAGAGGUAGCCAGUUUCAAUUUGUAGUUCAUCCAGACUUGUUCCUAGUUAAUGUAAAGGAAGUUCCGUAGUCCUUUUUAAUUUCUGUGGAAUUGCAAAAGUUGCCAGUGCUUGAACUAACUACUACAGCUGAUUUUUUAAACGACAGGUUGAUGACAUGAUGUGGAAAGCUUUAUCUGCUAAUAUUUGUCCAUUAAAUUGCUGGAGUUUUUUUCUACCUAGUAUGAACUUAUCAAUUAGAAAAGUAUGUUUAUAUUGUAAUGAUUAUUGUAAGGGAACUUUCUAUACUAGGAAUUCUGAACUGAAAUAUCCAUGUUUAACUUAAAAGCUACUAAAGUGUGUGAGGUUGCAAUAUACCUUUUAAAGAACAAAAUUAGAUUAUUUAUUUACACAGUGUAUUGUGUUUGACCAAAUAUAUGAAUGCAUUAUAAAAACCCCUUUUUAAAUGUUUGGCAAUUUUUUCUAACUUAUUGAAAACAGAUCACCAAAAGUAUAUUUUCUAACAGACAGCAGUAACACUGGGGAAAAUCAUUUUCCAAUUAAUUGAAGGAAAGCA